AUGGUGUCAGGAAGUCCACUUGACAUAAUCUCGACUCUGACUGACGUGCUCCUUGUGCUCAUCAUCUCAAACCUGACGUUCAAGGAAGCUCUCAGGACCAGCGUUUUGUCCCCUCGCUGGAGAAACCUUUGCCGUGAGACGAGACAUGUCACUUUUGAUGAGGCUGUUAUUACUCAAACCUAUCCGGAGGGGCUUUACGAAGAUGAGAAACGAGCGGAGUUCGUAGGUUACGCCUUGGAUUGGGUUUCCAAUUUCACUGGUGGGGUCCUUGAAACGUUCGAACUCUCCUUUCACAGGCCGAUUGGUUAUGAAGUGGAGAUGAGGACUCUCAUAGAUUUCGCAGCCGCUAAGAACGUCAAGAAUCUUGUUCUUGAUUUCGCUGACCGGCUUUGGGUGAACAGAGAUGAAGUAGAGGCAUCAUUUGAAGUUACCAUGAUUCAAAUUCCGGAGAGUGUCUACCAUUUAACCGAACUUGUCAAGCUGAAACUGCUUGCUUGCCGCUUCGAUGCGUCAAGGCUGGCAGUAGCGGGUUCAGUUGAGUUCCUAUAUUUUGGGUGGAUGUCGCUUGCCAUGAUCACGUCUUUGUUACCUAGGGCACCGCUACUUGAGUCUCUGCAGAUCAAGAACUGCUGGAACGUUGGUCUAGGAGCAAUAACCGGAGUUAACAACCGGUUAAUGAAGCUGGUGUUGAAGAACAGUGUCUUCGCAGUGCAGACUACUUCACUUGACCUGCCAAGCAUUCUGAUCUUCAAGUAUGCUGGCAGACUUCAUUCCUUUAUGCUGAGCAACGUGAACAGAGGGAUGGAUGAAGUGUCGCUGGACUUUGGGCAGGAGAGCCAAUACCAUGCUGGCUUAGGAACACAGUUUUGUGACCUCCUCUGCAAUUUGGCACCUGCUAAGACAGUAACCAUCUGUCAGUACGUCAUUCAAGUGAUCCAGGAUAACGUUAACCCGUUUCAUCUUAGAGCAGAUAUGGAAGCGAGGAGAUUGGUGCUGAAGACGACUCUCCGACCCCGUGAGUUCAUCGGAAUCAGGAAAAUGAUCAAAAGCUGUCCAUAUCUGGAGACGCUGACUUUUCAUCUCGUUGUUGGAACCCCUGUCCAAAUGGAGAUGAUAGAGAUCGUUGCAAACGCAUAUUGGAUGGAAGCAAUUCUUCACCCGUGUUUGAAGAAUACACUUAAAUAUAUAGAAGUCUGGAACUUCACUGGAGAAUUUUAUCAGAGACAGCUCCUGCAGAAUCUGAUUCUCAUGUCGCGUGUGCUUGAAAGGGUAAACUUAUACAAACCUAUAGGACUUGCUGUUGAGUACGUCAACCGAAUUCAGGAAGAAGCCGACCGUGUGGCUAGGUUCCAGGCCAGCUCGGCGAAUUUAGAGGUAUCUCUGUACUAA